AUGGUCUUUCUGAUGACUCUGAAGCGCGUUCUUGCGGUCGCCCUGCUGGUUUGCGCCGCAGCCAACGUGGCCAAGGCAACCGUUCUGCCAGACGCCGAAGUCAUCUGGCGACCAGGUGUCGACGUCGGCAACGCGAUCUACGAUCUCGCCGAAAGACUCGUGAACCGAGCUCGAAGUCACCCAGACAUCUUUGCCGCACCUCCUCGAGACGCUGUAGUUGCGUUCUUCAACUCCAUGGAGCGCCAGGGCCGUACGCGGGAACAAUUCGACAUCGUGGGCAGGGACUGGAACCAGUGGUUCCACACUUAUCGUCGCCGUGUCAUCGCCACUCACGCACGAGCAGGCGAAACGUGGGCACAGGGAGAUCAACUGCAGCAGCACCUUCAUACUUGGGCUCAACGCACCGCUCGACAGCUAGGCAUUCCCCACAACGGCCCGAGGCGGGGCUAA